AUGCUUGCAGUGCUUUCUGCUGUGUUGACUCUGGCAGCUGCAGCCUUUGGCUGCGGGGUUCCUGCCUACCCACCUCUCGUGUCAAGAGUUGUUGGAGGGGAAAAUGCAAGGCCCUACAGCUGGCCCUGGCAGGCCUCCCUGCAAUACUAUUCCAGUGGCAAGUGGCGUCACACCUGUGGAGGAACCCUCAUUGCCACCAACUGGGUGCUGACAGCUGCUCACUGCAUCAGUUCUUCUCGGACAUACCGAGUGUUUCUCGGGAAGUACAACCUGGCAGCUGAGGAGAAAGGAUCCAUUGCAGCUUCUCCUGAGAAGAUCAUUGUCCAUGAGGACUGGGAUUCAGAGAGCGUUGCAAAUGGGUACGACAUCGCUUUGAUCAAACUCUCCGAGCACGUCCCCUUGAGCGACCAGAUCCAGCUGGCCUGUCUGCCCCCUGCCCAGAGCAUCCUGGCCUCCAACACUGCCUGCUACGUCACAGGCUGGGGGAGACUGCAGACAAAUGGGCCUCUUCCUGACGACCUGCAGCAAGGCCUUCUGCUGGUGGUGGAUUAUGAGACCUGCUCCCAGCCUUCCUGGUGGGGAAAGACAGUGAAACCCACCAUGGUCUGUGCUGGUGGGGAUGGAAUCAUCUCCAGCUGCAACGGGGACUCUGGUGGCCCACUGAACUGCCAAGGGGCUGAUGGCAGGUGGGAGGUGCACGGCAUCGUCAGCUUUGGCUCUUCCUUGGGCUGCAACUACUACCACAAGCCCUCUGUCUUCACCAGGGUCUCUGCCUACAACAGCUGGAUCGAGCAGGUUAUGGCAAACAACUAA